CUGGUUUUUACAAUAAAAAUCAUACAUUCUAGAGGCCAAGAUCUUUUUUUCCCACUCUCCUAUUUUGACCAUACUUCCAAUAGAGGUCAAUUUAUACGUCCCACCUCCAAUUACCCGGCAUCGGCAAACGCAGACUCGCAGCUCACGCCCGACGUGGAGCCCGUCUCGAGCAUCCUCUCCUUCCGGCCCUCCUGUCAGGGCCUGACAAUUCAUACUUGGCUGUGCCUAGAUGCCCAAGGCUAUCAGGAUGGUACAGAUGCCACUAUGGCAUCCUCUAUACUCCGGUCGUUUGGGCAGCCAACCGGAUUGGCCGGUCGAGGUGUCCAUGCUCUGAUGAAUCCCAUUUCGCUGUCAGGUUUGUCUGCUUCGACUGCAAGCUUGGCCACGAGGAGACAAGACGGCUCAGAAUUUAGCACCGGCCUUAUCGACGCUGGCAGUACGGGCGAUCGCGACUUGAGUCCAUCCAAUAAAGCCAUCCUAACUACAGGAUCGUCCAAUGGUGACCGGCGACGGAUGUGCCUGCUCAGGAUGCUCUCAGCAGCCGGAAAUGGGAUAGAGCUGAAUCCGAUCUCAUUAGCUGCCGUGUAA